CAUGAGAAGAGGCCUUCGCUCAACAAUGAUGGGCAAUAGGGUAUAUGCAUGUAUUUUUUAAAUGUUUUUAAAUGGUAAUUUACAUCAUUAUAUAAAUGUUAAAAAAAACCAGCACCAAAAAAAAAGGAAUUCGGGUAAAAAAAGCAGUUUUAAAAUAAUAGAUUCGUAACAGCAUUUUAAACGACCGUCAUUUUGGCGCGCUCGCGUGACGUCAAAGUCUAUAAUAACAGUUGAAACUGCAAAGUGUUUUGGGUCAUAAUUUGUAUAUAUUUCGUGUUUUAAGUGAAUUCACUUCAAUUACAUAAUGCAACAGGAUAGUAAACCGACUUUUAAAUAUUGUAUCGUGCCCGAGUGUAAAAAUACAAAUAGAAAUGCACCAAAUAAAGUAUUUUUUCUUGUCCCGAGAGGUGAGGACGUAAGGAGAAAGUGGUGCAAAAUCAUGAAAAGGGACAUGAUAUCUCCAUCAACUUGUUUAUAUUGUUGUGAAGAUCAUUUUGACUUAGAAGAAGACACAGCUAAUUAUAUUCAGUACAAAAUAAUGAAUAUACAGGAAAAACAGAAAACUGUAUUACGAUUGAAGAAAGGCAUCCUUCCUCACAAAUUUCAGUGUCAAAAGAAUACUACACCACAGCCGUCAUUGGAGAGGCAAGCUUACAAAAAGAGAAGACACUUAGAAAUAAUUGAAGAAGCUUUAUCUGCUGUGCCUGCUAAACAAAGUGUCAGCACUCUAACUGUAUCAUCGCAAGUUGAUCAUGAAGAAGCAAGUACAUCUUCAUCUCAGAUAUACGCAGAGAAUAUAGAAAUGAAAAACCUUUGUGAAGCUGGUUGCAGUGCUUCAUUAUCUACUGAGAACAGAAUAUAUGUCGAUAAAGCUGUUCAAGUGAAUAGUAAAAACUAUUACCGAAGUAAAGGUGUUAAUAUUAAUUUUUGUGCCAAGAAAAAAAACACUGCGACAUCUCCAUUUAAAAUAUCAAAAAAAACCAUUUCAACUUCCCCUUUAAAAAUAACUCAUACAUCUGCAAAAAGAGUACUCUGCAGAGAUAGUGAUAGUAUUGAAUCAGUCUCUUCUGCUCAAGUUACUGUGCUAUCAUCAUUAUCUUCCGAACCAGAUAUAAGUUCAUCACAAUGCAGUUGGGCUGAAGAGGCUGAUUCAUAUACUGAAGCACAAUUUAAAAGUCAAAUGCGUACUUGUACUUUAGUAUCGAUUGAAAUGGAACCUAAAAUGUUGAUAGGUUUACCAAAAAAGUCAUACUAUUUAAUAAAACUAUUAAGUGAUAACAUACCUCUACCCACCGUAGAUAUUUUAAUUACUUUAAAGAAAAUAAAAUUAAAUGAGUCUGUCAGUAUCUUAGCAAUGCAAUUUGGAUAUACGCAGAGUACAAUAAGCAGAAUUUUUAAAAAAAGUGUACCUGUAUUGGCAAUGAAGAUGAAGGAACUUAUUGCAUGGCAAACAUCUGCUGAGGUUUUUAAAAAAUUACCUAUAGCAUUCAGGGCCAGGUAUUCUAAUGUUAUUUCUAUAAUAGAUUGCCUAGAAAUACAAAUUGAAAAGCCAACGAAUGCAGUCUACCAGUCACUAACUUGGUCGCAGUACAAAAAGUGUAAUACUUUGAAGUAUUUAAUUUCUUGUACCCCUGAUGGCUUGGUCACUUUUAUCUCUGAUGGCUACGGAGGCAGGGCAACAGAUGUGAUGAUAGUGGAAGACUGUAGUUUUCUUAACUAUUUACAACCUGGUACUGCAAUUAUGGCAGACAGGGGCUUCAAAGACAUAUCCCACUUGUUAAUUAAAAAGAAUUGUACUCUUAUACGGCCCCCUUCUGUUAGUACGGCUACCGCUUGUACCAAAGAAGAAGUAAAGCAGGCAAAACGAAUUGCUGCAUUGAGAAUUAAUGUUGAACGCGUCAUAAGUAGACUAAGAGAAUUUCAUAUUUUACUUCCUCAUGCAUGUGUUGACCACCAUUUAGUCCCUGUUAUAGAUGACAUUAUUAUAAUAGCCUGUGGUUUAAUAAAUAUGCAAGAUUUUUUAAUAAAAAAGUAGAUUUAUUUAA